AUGAAGACUUCCACAAUCGUCCUAUUGACCACUGCCACAGUUUCUGGAUUCUCUGUGCAACCCAACAACGUUAGACCGUCCACCUCCCUCAAUGGACUCUUUGAUGGUGUCAAAGAUGCUUUUUCGGCGCCACCCUCGGAAAUUGACUCAGAACGUGAGACGCCAAUUGACAGAUGGAUGGGAUGGAGUGUAGUUGCCCAAGAACAGGAAGUUGAUGCCGCUACCCCAUCUGAUUUCCUCGACUCCAUGGACGCAAGCAACUACGUAUCUGUUGAAUUGACAAAGCCUAUGGGAAUUAUUUUUGAGGAGAACGAUGCGGAAUUCGGAGGAAUCUUUGUGCAAUCACUGAAAGAAGGCGGCGCCGCUGAAGAGAGUGGGAAAUUGAAGAGUGGCGACCAGUUGGUGAUCGUCGGCACAAAAAAUGUCAGUGGUCUGGAUUUUGAUGACGCCCUUGGUGCUAUCAUCGAUGCUCCUGAGGAAAAAGUGAAGAUUACUCUUUUCCGAGGAACUGGAAAGCAAUUCUAUGGACCAACUGGCCCAAGUAAGGAGUGGUUGGCCGAAUUCUGUACCAAGGGAGGGGUUGAAUCCUCAUAA